GCCACCAGAAGAAAACUUCCUUCUUCCCUCAGUCGCUCCACCUCCUCCGACGUUUUAUAGCCGCCGUGACUUAGCUUUCAUCCGACGAUGGCCGCCGCCACUUCAGCCGCUGCAUCAGCCUUCAUCGGCGCACGCCUACCGAAUGUCCAUUCGAGCUCGGGCAGGUUCCAGGCAAGGUUUGGGCUGGGCGCAAAAAGGGCCAAGCCCAAGAAGGUGUCAAGGCCCAGCUCUGAUCGUCCACUAUGGUUCCCCGGAGCUGAAGCACCCUACUGGCUAGACGGGAGCUUGGUGGGUGAUUACGGAUUCGACCCGUUCGGGUUGGGGAAACCUGCGGAGUACUUGCAGUUUGAGCUGGAUUCGUUGGAUCAGAACCUGGCGAAGAAUGUUGCCGGUGAUAUAAUUGGGACCAGGACUGAGAGCUCCGAUGUUAGAGCGACGCCGUUCCAGCCAUACAAUGAGGUGUUUGGGCUGCAGAGGUUCCGUGAGUGCGAGCUGAUUCACGGGCGGUGGGCUAUGUUGGCUACUCUGGGGGCCCUUGCCGUUGAGUGGCUCACCGGCGUUACCUGGCAAGAUGCCGGCAAGGUGGAGCUCGUGGAAGGAUCAUCGUACCUUGGGCAACCUCUUCCAUUCUCGAUAUCUACCUUGAUCUGGAUCGAGGUAUUGCUGAUCGGAUACAUUGAGUUCCAGCGAAACGCAGAGCUUGACCCUGAGAAGAGGCUGUACCCCGGAGGAAGCUACUUCGAUCCGCUUGGAUUGGCCUCUGACCCAGAGAAGAAAGCAAGGCUUCAAUUGGCGGAGAUCAAGCACGCUCGUCUCGCCAUGGUUGCUUUCUUUGGCUUUGCCGUCCAGGCUGCCGCCACCGGCAAAGGCCCGCUCAACAACUGGGCUACCCACUUGAGCGACCCACUCCACACCACCAUCAUUGACACCUUCACUCGCUCCUCUUAGACAAAUGGGGAAAAAAUGGGGAAAAAUUAAUCCUUUUGUGCCUUUAAUUGAUUUUGCCUGGACUGGACUGUAGUAGUGGUAUUUUUAAUUUUGAGCUGUAAAAUUAAUGGCGUUAAGACUGUUUAACUAGAAUGGUAAUUAUAGCCAGUUGCUUGUGCAUGCUUUGCACGGGUUAUUUUGCAUUUUGUCUGUAAAUAGAGUCAAUAUUUAUAU